AUGACUGCAAUCACUACUCCAGUGAUUCACAACUUCACAUUAAAAAAGUACUCAAAGUUUGAUCACGAUAAAUGGAUUCAUCAGCCAUAUCGCACAGAUUUAUCCAUCACGUUUAUUGAAACAGCCACCAUCAACAACAAGGAUGUAGACGUAAUUGUACACUGGAAAGGAUCAAGUAUUGACAAGUUUACUUUAUUCUUGACCGAUAAAGUGAAAACAUCAGUUCUCGUAAAAAGCCCCAACAUUGGUGUCAAACAGUGUAUUGUGAGCACUGACAAUCUAAUCCUUCGGUUCCAAAUUAGUCUUGUUGAUGAUGCCGAGUUUGAAAAGUGUAGGCAAUUUUUACAAAGUAAGUUCCAACAAACAAGCGGUCUCAAUACAAUUGAUGGCUCUACUCGACAGGUACAGGAUAUAUCCAGUCAAGUUAGACAGGAGAUGAAGCAGUUGGCAUCUUUCAGUUCCAAUACCAUCAACAGUUUGGCCAGUGAGCAAUUGCUCAAUAUAGUACUGUUCUCGCAACCAGCACCAGUUGCAAUUGGAAAUGAGGAGUCAAUGUUUGACUUGCAACUGCAAAUACUUUCUCAAAAGCAAUCUCAGCCUCAGGUUUCACUUCACCAACUGGAGCAAAAACAGACGCAAAGACUUGCUGAGUUAUCUCCUCAAAACAUUCAGGGUUCUCAAACCGCAAUACAAUCUCAGAAUACAUGGCAAGCUCAAGAGAUAGGUACAUCGCAACAAGAACCGCAAAUGCAGAACCCAUUGACGUUACAACAAUUACAACAACAAUUUUUAAAAUGGCAACAGAAUCUUGUACAGCAAAGCCAUGGUUACCGGGUUUUGCCUCAAUCGCCGCUACAUUGUGCUUUUCCAAUCGAGUCGUAUAACUUGUCGCAAUCACCGCCAGAAUUACAACAGCAUAGGGUGCUACAGCAGAGUCAGUUUUACGUACAGGAGCCCCAAAAUCCAACUCAUGCCUUAGACACUUCAACAAGCUCUACCAAUCAAGUUCCUAAUAUCACCAUCAAUGAUUUGGUCGAGUUGGAGACUUUGUCAGACUCUCAACUAAAUGCAUUAAUUCAUAGACAAUGUCAACUGGUUCAGUUUAGAGAUUUUGUUAAGCGAUUGGAUAAAAUUAUGGAAAAGAAUAGUUGA